UGCCGCUAGCUUUGCUUGCGUUUUGCUGCAAUUGCGUGGCUGCAGCGGAGCUUGAGUCGCCAUAGCUCUCAGUGCUGGCCUAUACUCUAUAUAUAUAUACAUAGCGUCAGCAGCACAUCAAUGCGCUGGCUGCUCCUGCUCGCCCAGGCGGCUUUAGCCGAGGCGCUCAUACCACCGCACACCAGGCCGUCGCCGCGGCGCUUGCACAGCGCUGUCGCAACCCCCGAGCUCACAAAGGACGAGGCGGGCCACUUGCUCGGCUUCGGUGACGCUUCGCACGAGCCCUCCACCUUACAACAGAUCGACGCCGCUUGUGCCGCAAGGGCAGACGCGCUCACCUCAAAUGAUCUACAAAAACUAGAAGAACAAAUAAAAGCUAUCGACGAAGAAUUGGGCCCGCCCGUCUCGCCCUCUGGCAAUGUGAGGAGGGAUUCUGAUGGAAAGGACGUCGUCGCCGUCGCCGCCGAGUUCAAACGCGCCUCGCCGUCCAAAGGAGACAUUGCAUUGGAUGCGGACAUCACGGACGUCGCGUCGACCUACGCGAAGGCCGGGGCCUCAAUUAUAAGUGUGCUGACGGAGCCUUCCAAGUUUAGCGGUUCUCUGGAAGAUUUAUUAUCAGCAAGACGUGCAGCGCAAAAAGUAGCUGAGAGCACAGGUAAGCCGAGACCCGCCAUGCUGCGCAAGGACUUCAUUUCAAGGGAAUCCCAGAUCAUCGAAGCGAGGGCCUAUGGCGCUGACUGCAUCCUGCUCAUUGUGGCCUGUCUCACAAGAUCUCAGUUGAGAGACCUCGUCGCGUCCUGCAAGAGGUACCAAAUCCAGCCGCUCGUCGAGGUCCACACGGAAGAAGAAAUGCAGUUAGCUCUCGAUACGGAAGGUGUGGAAUUUAUCGGUAUAAAUAAUAGGAAUUUGCACUCGUUCAAGCUCGACAUGUCGACCACACCUCGACUGAUGGCUGCGGCGGCCAAGCAUCCGAACUACUCUGACGAGUUGACCUUCGCAUCACUAAGUGGAGCGGCGGGCCGGAGUGACGUGGACGAGCUGAAUGGUAGUACGAGGUGUGUUUUGGUGGGAGAGGCGCUCAUGCGCGCGCCGGACGCGGGCGCGUUGGUGAACGAGUUAAGGUAUCCCUCUGCCACAGUUGCGACGAAGCGUGUGCUCGCCAAGGUCUGCGGUGUGACUACUGCGGAAGAUGCCAUUCUUGCGUGCCGCGCGGGCGCGGAUCUUAUCGGCGUGAUCAACGUCGCCAAAUCAAAAAGAUACGUAGACGCCGCCCAGGCUUCGGACAUUGUCGACGCCGUCCGGGCGUUCGGGGAGCGGGAGCAACGGUGGGCUCCGUCAUCCCAUGGCUCAUUGGAUGCGUGGGCCGAUGCCUUGCGAACGGCCACGGAUCGAGGACGGCCGUUGGUCUUCGGCGUGGUCCAGGACCAGCCUCUGGCGGACGUGCAGAAGUUCGUCGAGGGGUCGGGCGUCGAUGUCAUUCAACUGCACGGUUCCGAGAGUCUGGAGUAUGCGGAAGCGCUCCAAGUGCCGCACGCGCGCGUGUUGCACGCGGAGCCAUCUUCGGACAUCGACGCCGCCGCCGCGGAUCUCGCGGCAGCAUACGAACAAGUCGCGUCGGCCAAGUGCUGUCUUGUUCUUGUGGAUGCGGCCGCGGCGGGCGAGAAAUCAGGAGGGUUAGGAGCCCCCUUCGACUGGCGCGUCGCCGACGUGUUGGAUGCGAAGCAUGACAUACGGGGCCUCGUGGCGGGCGGCCUCGACGCGGAGCGCGUCGUCGACUGCGCGGCGGCCGUCCCGAACGCGGUGGGCUUCGACGCGUCGUCGCGCCUCGAGAGUGAAACGCGGACGAAGGACCUGACGCGCGUGCGGGCGUACGUGGCCGCGGCGAAGGGUAAGUGAGGUCUCUUUA